CGAGGUGCGUAACCCACGCUUUACAGUCACAGCCAGCCUGGCUGGGAGCAGCUGCCUUACGAUUGAUCGUCAGCAACACCAAAAUAUUGAAUCGCCGUCCAGCGCCUGCCAGCUAGCUAACAGCAAGGGGAAGAUGGCCAGCACCGGCGAGAUCUGGCUGCAGUGGUUCUCGUGCUGCUUCCAGCAGCAGCGCUCGCCCUCCCGCCGCCCACACCAACGCCUGCGCAUCGACCGGUCCAUGAUCGGCAAUCCCACCAAUUUCGUCCACACGGGCCACAUCGGAUCCGCGGAUGUGGAGCUGUCGGCCAACCGUCUCAACGCGAUCUCAACCCAGAUGCAGAGCAAGGGCGGCUACGAGACCAACUCGAUACACUCUCUGCAUGCUUGCUGAUGAAAGCCCCCAUCACCUGACAACAUCUCCGCUAUAAAGUGCAUUUCGUGCAAUUUUUUACAGAGAAGAAGGACAGGAGAGGAGCAGCAGACAUACCCUUUAUGAUUCGUGCUAUCGGACGAGAAGGGGCAAAAAUGGGAGGGAAUGGUGGCCUAAACGGCGCCCAGAUCUGGAAGUCAUGAGGAGGUGCUUAGAUUAGGUUUCACAUAAGAAAAAAAACCAGACUGCGAGACAACGAAAUGCAUUUCGGCUUUUAUCCGCGGACCCACUCGAUUUUGGGUGAUUUGCUUUUUGUGAGUAUUAUCUAAAUGAAAAAUUGCAAAGAGUGCCAAGCGACUAAAAUCAAGCGACAAUUAAGCCUGAAACGAUUUAUACUCAGAGUCAGUUUCAGAAUUAGGUAUCAUUUUUAAAUGUACUUAAUGACAAAACAAAGAAAUUCAGGGGGAAAUCCUGUUAAUUUCCUAUCCAUAAUGAUUACCAUUUCCAAAGCCCUUUUUUGAAUUCGUCUAUUAAGCUCUUACGAAAACUGCCUUAUAAUCACCACCAGCAAUAAAUAGUCUGACGCAUGGAUUUUGGCUGAAACGGUGCAACUAGCAAAUCUUUAUUUAAAAAAGCUGAUGUAGCACUUACACAGCGUAUAUACAUACAUACCGAUAAUAAGGCAAAGUGUCGCACAAUCGUUUUCAAUACACUAGUAAUCAGUUUUAGAUCGUUUUUGAUAUUUAAGUGCUUGGGAAACAUCUUAACAGGAUUAGAUCCCAUGCAGACUGGAGUAUGUUGUUUCUGGGCCAGCGACAAUUCACCUUAGAUGGACAAGUACCUUUGUAGAACCCCGUUUUAAGAAACAGAAAUAUAUAGUUGUGAAAUCAGAUGCCGUUGUAGAUAACAGAGAAGAAAGAGUUUAGAAUGCGUUGGGUUUUAAGCAUAUAGACUAAUUGUAUAAACAAAUAUUUAGGCAAUAAUUUAUGGAAAUAUAUGUAUAUUUAAAAGCAACCCGUAAA